AUGACACGCAGACAAUCGCUCGUGGGGGCGCUGGAAGAGGCUAGCGUCGAGGCGGCAAAGCCCGCCACCGCUGCUAAAACCGCCGAUACCUCCGUGUCCACUGCUUCGGCCCCACGAUCAUCGCCGCAAAUUGAGUACCAGGAACCGCCAUGGUGGCGGCUCUGGAUCUACGACUUGAUCAUGGGCGCGUUCCAGAUCGUGUUUGACUGUUUCUUUAGAGAGAUCAGGCCCCGGGGAGCGUUUAGGCUCCCGAGACUGGGGCCGGUGAUCUUCGUCGCUGCCCCUCACGCCAACCAAUUCGUUGAUCCGAUGAUCUUGAUGCAACAAGUGCUGAAGGAAGCCGGGCGCCGCAUCCUGUUUCUCGUCGCCGCUAAGCUGUAUUCCCGCAAAUUCAUUGGUCUUGUCUCGCGGAGUCAGUUGUCGAUCCCCGUGGUCAGAGCCCAGGACAAUUUGCGCCCAGCUACGGGUAAGAUCUUUGUGGAUUUUGAUGACGAUCCGUUGACCAUUCGCGGUAAAGGGACUAAGUUUACCCAGGAGUGUAUGGUAAAGGGGCUUGUGGCCCUUCCUCAGUCUUUAGGGGCGUGUGAAGUGGCGGAGAUCGUCUCCGACACCGAAUUGAAGAUCCGUAAGGAGUUUAAACGCCUGACGAAAGUGGAAACAUUGUUGCGUCAAGGCUCGCUGUUUAAAGCCGCUGAUAAAGUCGACCAAAAGCAAGUGUACCACACUGUUUUCGAACACUUAAACCACGGCCACUGCAUUGGUAUCUUCCCUGAAGGUGGCUCUCAUGAUCGCACCUCGCUUUUACCGCUUAAGGCAGGGGUGGCGAUCAUGGCCCUCGGCGCUAUGGACCACGACCCCAAGUGUAAAGUGCGUAUUGUCCCAUGUGGCAUGAACUACUUCCACGCCCACAAGUUCCGGCUGCGGGCGGUGAUUGAGUUUGGCCACCCGAUCGAGAUUGACGAAGAACUUGUGCGCAAAUACUCCAACCCUCUGACUAAUAAGGAAGCAGUGAAGGAGCUUUUGGACGUAAUUGAAGCUGGUCUCAAGGCGGUUACCGUUACUUGUGAAGACUACGACACCCUCAUGCUUAUCCAGGCGGCCCGUCGGUUGUACGCUGGCAACUUGGCCCAAUCGUUACCCCUCCCGUUAGUGGUGGAAAUGAACCGGAGACUUGUGCUUGGCUAUGAAACGUUUAAGGAUGACCCUCAAGUUCAGCUGAUCAAGGAGAAGGUUAAGGUGUAUAAUCAAAAGCUCAAGCAAUUGCUGUUGGCCGAUCACUACGUUGAAGCCUGCGACGAGCUGCACAAGCUUCGUCUUGUGUCUGAGUUGAUUGUCAGACUCAUCAAGAUCGCCUUCUUCUUCGUGUUGGCGUUGCCGGGGGCGGUAUUGUUCUCUCCAGUGUUCCUCUUGGCGAAGAAGAUCUCCAAGCAAAAAGCCGUCGAGGCUCUUAAAUCGCUGACGGUUAAAGUCCGGGCCAACGACGUGGUGGCGACGUGGAAGAUUUUGAUCCUGAUGGGUUUUGCCCCCAUCGUCUACUCGUUUUGGGCUACUUUGGGUACCUGGUACUGUAAGCGUGCCGGCAUCUGGCUGAAUCACACCUUGUUCUGGGUGUGGGUGGUAUUGUACUUAUGUGGUGUCAUCGUCACUUACUCGGCGUUGGUCACUGGCGAACAGGGUAUGGAUCUCUUUAAGCUGAUUCGGCCACUUGUGCUUUCGCUCACCGACGGGCUGUCGGUUCAAGAGAUUAAGCAAUUGCGUCAAGAACUUGCUGAAGAGAUCACCGAGCUGGUUAACACACUUGGGCCUCAACUUUUCCCCAAUGACUUUAACCUCGUGGAGAUGGGAUCUAAGCUUGGAAUGGACGUUAAGAAACCAGUUUACGCCGCGGACUCUGAUGAAGAAGAAGAGCGUAAAACUACUGAGCUUAAACAGCGUCGUCAAUUCAAACGUCAACACCGGCGCACGGGGCUGGGGGCUCUCUCUCGCUCGGCGUCAGACUCCGACGGUAUCUCGUUGUUGAACUCUGACAACUCGCUCACCAACAUCCCCAUGUUCAGCGACUACCCGUUACACAAGAACGCUAAGAACCUGCAGUUGCAACUCCAAGCGCAACUGAACUGGAACUCGAUGAUCCUGAUGGCCGAUCAUCACAACCAGCACGACAAGUCGCGCCCGCUUCUUCUGCGAGACAAUCUGGGGGUCGAAAUCAACUUUGCCCCUACACAAUCAUUGAGCGGUCGCAUUGUUCAGAAGAUGAAGGAGGACCGUGACAAGGCCGCCAACAACAAUUAA